AUGGAAUCCGCAGCCAACACCAGUCGCAAUCAUCUCCCCAAGCAGGAGGAGGAGAAGACGUUGAAUGGCAAUGCCGCCGCUGAAGAGAAGAUACUCGUCCAACCUGCAGCGACCGAGCUCAACGCCCAGCAUCCACCAGUUGAGUCCGCUUCAAAUGACGGAGCUGAGAAUCCAACGGGUCCAAAAUUGGCUUUGAUUACACUGGCGCUAUGUUUGGGUGUAUUCCUAGUGGCUCUUGAUAACAGCAUCAUUGCCACGGCAAUCCCAAAGAUCACGAGCCAAUUCCACAGCCUUGAUGAUGUUGGUUGGUAUGGAAGUGCAUACCUUCUCACGACGGCUGCACUCCAGCUACUCUUCGGAAAGUUCUACACUGUUUUCAAUGUCAAGUGGACUUAUCUCGUCGCCAUCAGCAUGUUCGAGCUGAGAAGUCUGAUCUGUGGUGUGGCCAAUAACAGUCUGACUCUUAUCAUGGGCCGUGCUGUUGCUGGAAUUGGGUCUGCGGGCAUUUUCUCAGGUUCACUCAUCAUGGUAGCCCAUUCGGUGGUACUGGAGAAGCGCCCAUUAUACAAUGGCCUUAUCGGUGGCAUGUUUGGUAUUUCAUCCGUGGCUGGCCCUUUGCUAGGUGGUGUUUUCACCGACAAGGUAUCAUGGCGAUGGUGCUUUUACAUUAACCUUCCUAUCGGAGCUGUCACUGUUCUGGUGAUUGCGAUCUUUUUCCCUGCCCCGAACCACCAUAUUGAAGAAACAACAUGGAUGGAGCGCAUCAAGAAGUUCGACCCCAUGGGAACAUCCCUGUUCCUCCCUGCAAUCGUCUGCUUAUUGUUAGCUUUGCAAUGGGGUGGCACCAUUUAUGCCUGGAAUAGCUGGCGUAUCAUUGUGCUGUUCUGCUUUUUUGCUGUCCUCAUUGUACUCUUUUUAUUUGUCCAGUACACACAGCAAGACAAUGCUACAGUACCACCACGCAUCUUCUUUCGCCGCACUAUUUGCUUCAGUGCCCUUUACAGCUUUUGUCUUGGCGCUGCUUUCCUUUCGUCUGUCUACUUCUUACCGAUCUGGUUCCAAGCCGUGAAAAAUGCUAGUCCCGUCAGCUCAGGUAUCAUGAAUCUACCUAUGCUGAUUUCUGUCGUGCUUGCUUCAAUCAUAUCGGGUAUCGUCAUCACCAUUGUCGGUUACUACACCCCUUUUAUGAUUUUCGGCACAGUCCUUCUUGCUAUCGGCUACGGUCUCAUGAGCAUGUUUCACCUGGAUACAUCUAAAGCUCUCUGGAUCGGCUAUCAAAUACUUGCUGGCAUCGGCGUCGGUGCUGGUAUGCAGCAAUCUAUGAUCGCCGUCCAGGCUGUCCUUGAUCUUACUGAUGUACCUACCGGCACAGCUAUCAUCGUCUUCGCUCAGACUCUUGGUGGUGCUCUCUUUGUUUCUAUUGGAAACAACGUGUUCAGAAACAAACUUGUUGAGUAUCUUGCAUUGUACUCUCCCAACUUGAAUUCCGCUGUGAUUCUCAAGACUGGCGCCACUAGCCUUCAUAGUGUUGUCGAUAAGAAUGACUUACCCGGAGUCCUCCUUGCUUACAACAACGCACUUACCCAGACCUUUAUUGUCGGCGCAGCUGUGGCGUCUGUUAGCAUUAUCGGCGCUUUGGGUGUAGAGUGGAAGAGUGUCAAGGGAAAGAAUCUUGACCCAGGGGGAGCCGCAUAA